UCGCCGGAGGGGUUCAUGUUGCGCUCCUCUUUGUCAUCUUUUCUCUCACACCCUAAACCUCUGUAUAAAAACCCAAUCUGUCAAAUCUGUAAGAUAGAAGAAGCUUAUCAUCCAGACUUUGUGGAUUCAACAGAUCACGUCAUGAUGAUCAGGCUAGUGCAGCUUUUGUGUCUUUCUGGUCUGCUUCUACAUUGUGAAGCUCAGGGUUUCCAAUCAUGCCUGGCUGACCCCACAUUCAGACUAGCAGAUAACUCGGAUAUUUCUGUGACCUGUGGAACCAAUCAGAUGUUUUUAAGAAUCCUCCUGUGUCCGAUGUAUUUUGGUGGAUAUAAUGAAUCUCUAAUGGCACUCAAUGCCAGGUUUGGCAUCCCCGACUGUCGUGGAGUAGCAGACUGGUCUUCCAGUCCUCCUGUCUUGAUGUUUAACUUCUCUAUCUCCCAGGAGGCUCUUCUUCUUUGUGGCAACACAAUAAACAUUACAAGCCAAGUGGGCUCAGGAGUAUUUUCAGACUUCUCCCAAAUCCAGUCGGUUAACAUCUCUGGAUUAAUUAACGCCUGGGAUCCAUCCAUCAGCGCCAUUACUUACAGACAACAACUAACCUACCAGUUCUCCUGCGUAUAUCCACUGCAGUAUUUAGUCAACAACACUGAGGUCAAAGUGUCAGGGGUGAGUCUGGCAGUGAAGGACAACAAUGGUACUUUCGUCAGUACUCUGAGCAUGACUCUUUUCACUACUGCUAAUUAUACCACCAAACUCACGAUACCUCAAACAGGACUGCAGCUGAAAACUCGCAUAUAUGUGCAGGUCAAGGCAACAAAUCUCACAAACAAGUUCAAUGUGAUGCUGGACCGCUGCUAUGCCACAACAAGCCCAUAUCCAACCAGCAGCAGCUCAUAUGAUCUAUUUCUUGGGUGUACCCGUGACCCUCAGACAAAGGUCGACAUGAAUGGGAUUGCACAGGAAGCUCACUUCUCCUUUGAGGCUUUUCGUUUUGUGGAGCAUAAGAACUUGACCAUCUCCACUUUCUACCUGCACUGUGCCACCCGACUCUGUGAGAACUCCACUUGCGCCUCUCUGUUGCCGAAAUGUGCGAGGAAAAGAAACGUACGAUCCAUAGAUUACAAUGCUAGUGAUGUGGCCACAGUUUCUUCAGGACCAAUCAGGACCAGAGUUGACAACGGUGGCCUUGCGAGUAGACUGACCUCAUCCUCUUCGAUCCCUCAGCUGACGUAUGCUGGUGCUGCCACUGGUUUGCUGAGUGUCCUUCUACUCAACUGGCUGUCUGGAUCAGGACCUGCAUGGUGAUCUACAGUACAUCAAGAUUUGGGAAUUUGUUGUCAUUUAAUGGAAUAUUGCCUUGGAAAAUCUCUCAUGCCUUACGGGAAUGUGAGACAACAGGCUAUAUGUAUCAGUUAUCAGCAUCUGUAUUUUACAACUUAUUGUAGGAAUCUAGUCUAAUGUAAUUUACUGUAAUUAGACUUUUUUGUAAUUGUGUUGAAUUUUUUGGUUGUUUUUAUUAAAGUCUAUUGAGCAUGCAGUGCUGCUCUUGGGGUACGUUUAUGCACUAAGUAUGUAACAGUUUAACAUUUCAACUUAAUAGCCUUUGGUAUUUUCUCUCAUUCAGUUAAUAUAGAUUUCGUAAUAUAUCAUUUAUAAGCAGCUACAUGUAAUGCAAAUAAAAUAAACCUCUGUACAGGAUUAAUGCAAUAAAAAUGAAUGCAAAAAAAAUGUUC